AUGGCAGAACCCAGCACCAACCCCGAUCUCCCGCCAGACUAUACGGCGGAUGCUAGCACUGUCUCGGAGAGCUUGCCACCAGACACACUCCGCCUGGCUGGCCGGUUCGUCCAUUCCGCCAACACCCGGAAUGCGGAUGCGCCGGGAAUCUUUGAGAUCAACCACCAGAUAGACUUCUUACGAGAAACUGAUAGACUUGUGGAGUUCAGUCGCAUCGACUACAGCAUCAAGAAACGGCUCAAUGAGUCGAGUCUUCCGCCGGAGAUUGUUACCAACUCACGGCAUAUCUUCAACUUGGAGCGCCCACCAGCUAUCCUCCAGGAAACUUUCCCGUACUACAUCAAGCCAACAUCUCGCAGCGGCCUCGGCAGCAUAGGGUUGAGAUUUGUGAAAAUCGGCAAGAGCGAAUGCAAGGCUUGGCUGGUGGGCCGGCGGAAGGCGAGUGACAGAACCGAGUACUACGAGGCGCGAGAGCUACUGUUUGACGUUCGCCGCAACAACGAAGUGUUCGACUGGCUUGACGGUAAUGGAUCAAGAUUAGCAGUUGAGGAGUCCAGGAGCGGCAUGUACAGCCUCAAUAUCCUGGUGUCCCUGGACCGGGCGAUGCGAGAUGCGCUGGCGGCCGUGUGGUGUGUCCGGCUUUGGUAUUUGCGAGCCGUACUGUUCCAUAAGAAACGUACAUGGAAAGACAGGAAAUACAUCAUGCAAACCUGCACAUGGGACCUGCCAAAAUGA